CUCAUUGGUCAAGAUCUUUGGUCGACCAGUGUAGGUAAGAUUUUGCGUCAGAUCUUUGACCUCUCUGCUUUCCUGCUCUCAUUGACUUUGUGUCUGAUUGAUUGCCGCCCUCUCGUCUCUCUGAGUAGUCAGUGCAUAUCUCCCAUCCUUCCCGCCUCCCUUCCUUCCCGCCUCACCAAGACAGCCACAGCAGCCCUUCUCGUCCUCCUUCAGUCAUGUUGGUGAAGCGCAAGCCCAGUGCCGCCGUCGCGCGCGACGAAGAGAACAUCCCCAUUGUCAGGCGGUUCGGCAAGGGGCUCUGGGAGGACCUCAGGAUCAAACUGCCCUGGUACCCUUCUGACUUCGUCGGUGAGUGACUUGCAGGGGAGGGAGACAGGCAGGCACUCGGUCAUGCAUGUGCACACGCACGGGCCGUGUGGUCAAGGCAAGCGUGGGACUGGACUCGAUGUUCUGUCUCUGGUGGUCUUGUGUGUCAGAUGCUUUGCACGUCAAGGUGCCGUGCACUGUGCUGUACAUCUUCUGGGGCGCACUGGCCAACGCAGUCGCAUUCGGCAGUCUCCUCGGCGAACGGGUGGGGCGACGGAGGGAGGACACAUGCUCACAUGGACGCAUGAACACUCUGUGGAAACCCUUUGGUGUGAUGUGGUGUGUCGCAUUUCUCUGUCAGACGAACGGAUGGAUGGGCGCCGCCGAGACCCUGAUGGCCACAGGUGCGUCCCGUCCCGUACCCCAAACCACCCCACCCCAUCCCCCAUCAUUUCACGCACACACACACACACAGCACUGCACUGGGCGACGGCUGACAGCCAUCUAUCUCAUGUUUCAUGUGUGCAUGUGUGUGCGCUGCCUGUGUGUCAGCCACCCUGGGUAUGAUCUACCCGCUGUUCUGCGGACAGCCGCUGACCAUCAUGGGUGCCACGGGCCCCAUCGCGUCCUACAUCGUGGCCCUGCACACCUUGGCGGGGAUGCUGGGCGUGACUUUCCUGCCCUUCUACGCCUGGACCGGUCUGUUCCUGAGCGUUUACCUCUUCCUCGCCAGCUGCUUCUCGCUCUCUAACGCCAUCCGCAAGGUCACCCGCUUCACCGAGGAGACAUUCAGCGUCCUCAUCUCGGUCAUCUUCAUCUACGAGGCCUGCCGCUACUUCGUCGGUCUCUUCGGCAGCCAGGACGGUGAGGGAGGGAUGGAAUGGGCCGACACACACGCAUGAGUGCACACACCAUACAUGUGUGUGUCGGUGUCUUGUGUGGUGGAUGGAUGCAUUGCUGCAGUGAGCCAUGGCGAGGCGAAGGUCGGUCUGUUCGUCGGUUUGCUGACUUUCUUCACGGCCACGAUCGUCCGAGGGAGCCGAAAUGGCAAGCUCUUCAACCAGUGGAUCCGCAACCGCGCAGCCGACUUCGCCCCCGUCAUCGCUAUCAUCCUUGGCGUUGCCGUCGCGUGGGUAAGUAAGUGGGGGGGCGGGCCGCCACUGACGAGACGCCCGGCCAUGCGAUGUGAACAUGUCUCUUCUGGCUGGUGUGGUGUGGUGUGUUCAGGUGAUGAUAGUUCGUUACGGCAGUAAGGCCGUGGACCUGGACUUCCUGCCCUUCACGGCUGACGACCUGACGGCCACGACCAAGGGCACCGACGUGCGUCCCUGGCUGGUGGACCUCACCGACAUCACUGCUGCCGGCAUCGGUGUCGCCGCCUGCGCUGCCUUCCUCGGCUUCAUCGUCAUCUUCUACGGUGAGAGGGUCACCCUACCACACACACGCACGGGAGACGCGACAGACAGACAGACAGACAGAGUGAACAGGUCAACACGGCUCACGGUAUGUCUUGUGUUGUGUCUCGUUGUGUGGAUGGGUGUGCACUCACUGUCUGUCAUCUGCAGAUCAGAACAUCACAGUGCGUCUGGUGAAUGCCAACGGCCACAAGCUCAAGAAGGGCUACGGCUACGACCUGGACAUGCUGGCACUCUGCGGCUGCACCGUCCUCCUCUCCCUCUGCGGUCAGCUGCCCCCCCUCCCCUCACACCCCACACACACAUCUACGCGUGUCCGUGUGCAUGUCGUGUGUGUGUGUGUUUGUGUGUGUGUGUAGGCUGCCCGUGGAUGGUGUCGGCCACUGUGCCUUCGAUGAACCACACCCGCUCGCUGGCCUUCUUCGGUACCGAGAAGGCCGAUGACGAGCAGUCGGAGGCUGAGAUGGAGCAGAAGCUCGAACACGCUUCCAGGAAGGUGCGUACGGACGGAUGGAAUGAAACACCCACCCAUUCAUACUGUCACCCACGUGUGUGUCCCUCCUGUCUGUGUGUGUGGCCUGCCUGCCGUCUCAUUUCAUUUCAUUCAUGUCUGUGUGUGUGGCCUGCCUGCCGUCUCAUUUCAUUUCAUUCAGACCCUGGAGCGUCUCCGCACUUUGGUCGACGUGGAGAACCCCGAGAGGAUGUCGACGGAGGACAGCCACGAGGCCCCCUCAGCGAGCAACAGCGGCGUCGAGUCGCCCACGAGCCCACAGCCAUCGCUGCCCAAGCAGGACUCGUGCAAGGUCCUCAUCGCUGACGGACCCACGCCGCCCCUCCCCAACCGCAACAGCCACACCGAGCUCAUCAGGGCCGUCCACCGCGAGACCGAGAGCGUCCUGGCCAUGCUCUCGCUGCCGUCGGGAACUGAGAGUAAGCGACGGAGACACAGGGAGGGAGACAGGGAGACAGCGAGGGUGUGCAGACGAGUGACAGGAUGAUGGUUGUGUCUGCUUUUGUGUGCGCGUGCAGUCACGGGCUGCCUGGAGCAGCGUGUGAGCCCGUUCUUGACCCACUUGCUGAUCCUCCUGGCGCUGCUCUUCCUGCGGCGGCCGCUGGCCAUGAUCCCUCUCGCCGUCCUGCGGGUGCGUACCCCACCGACACCCACGACCUCAUGCACAGACACUGUCUGUCUGUCUGUGGUGUUCGUCUGUCAGGGUCUCUUUUUGUACAACGGGUGGAGCAACCUUGCGGGCAACGAGUUCUGGGAGCGCGUCUGCCUGUUCUUCUACGACCGCAAGAAGCUGCCCAAGAACAAGCCCUAUUCGUCGGUGCGGCUGCUGCGCAUGCACGCCUUCACCCUCAUCCAGGUGGCCAUGCUGGUGCUCCUGAUGGUCCUCAUGCGGUCCUCCAUCGGCUUCGUCUUCCCCGUCUUCAUCGGCCUCCUCCACCCGGUCCGCUGGGCACUCGGCCGGUUCAAGCUCUUCUCACACGAGGAGCUCGAGGCACUCGACAGCCACUUCUAGACAUAUGGCCAGCUAGAUGCAUGCCUGGCCUGCCGGUAGUGUGAGUGUGGGAUCUCACAACGAAUGUGUGAUGGGUCGGGGAGAAACUCGAAAGAAAGAAGAGACCCGUUUUGCGAAAAUGACAGAGGGUCAUGUAUGUGUGGAUGUGUGUGGUUCAUGACUGAUGAGGGUUUUGCGGUUUUGUUCCACUCGCCCGCCUUUGCUUUUGGGUGUGCCUGUUGGUUGGCUGUGCAUGGUAUUUUUGUCCUGUCGAGACAACGACACGUUUUGUCUUCCUCUCCUUUCCUUCCUCCUUUCUUUCUUCAUUUCUUUCUCGCCCUGUGUGCGCUGCUGCUGGUGUGCUGCUGCCGCUACACACGUACGGCUGCCUUGCGUCGCUGCUUUCUGCAUGUUGAUGUGUGAUGGUGGUGUGUUGUGUGUGUGAUGCGUGUGGCCCUACAUCGCAUACAUACCGCUAUAUCGCUACGGGUGGGGCGGGGUGGCCCCCUCUCAUUCACACGUACAUCUUUCUGACACGUACCGCUUUGCGUGCGCACGGACGUGGCGCCGCGACUGGUACUCAUUCACUCGUCCAUCCAUUCAUUCACACGAAUGAGCAGCGCGGUGGCCACUGCUGACUUGAGGGGCGGGGGGGACGCUGCAGUGAGGCAAGGCAGGCAGAAAGGCACGUAGGUGGGCCGGGCGCAUCACUCAGGCAGGCCUCACCUCACUCAUCCAUCCAUGACGUCGAGAGAGGUUCACAGGGCCUGCCUGAUCGCGUCGCCCAUGCCUUUCGUGCUGUGUAUUCAUGCGUUCGAUGCAUGCAUCCCCAGACAGGGAUACAGCAGCACCACGCACGCCUGACUCGACAGCUGGCCUGGCUUGGCUAGCUGUGUAGGUAGGUCGAUGCCUUGAUGCCUUGUUCGUUCAUGUCGAUAGAUACGGAACCGAUGGCGGGGAAAGAGAUAGAUGAGAUGAGACCGAUUUAUGUACAUGUAUCUAUGUCUGUGUGUGUGUGUGUGUGUGUGUGUGAAUGGGUGCAUUGCGUGGUGUAUCUUGUGUGUGCACACGGAGAGAGAGAGAGGGGAAAGGAAUGAGGGAGGAUUGUUUCUCUUGCAUGCCACGGGUGGGUGACAGGGUACACACGCUCAGAGGACACACCGAUUUCGCGCAUCCAUCAUCCAGCCAUCCAAUCCACCCAUUUUUCUUUUGCUCCUGCCUGCCUUGCCUUGCCUUGCCUUGCCUGACCUGCAUGAGUGAUCCAUGAGGGACGGACUGACUGCGUGAGUGAUGCGAUGCCUGUGCCUGCCUGCCUGCCUGCCUGUCUGUGCUAGUGAUGCGAAUUGGAUCGAGUGACUACUGACUGACUGGAUGCGAAUUGGCCUGCCUGAUUAGCGAACGAAUGAAUGUAUCAAUUGGCUGACUGACUACUGACUCCCUGAAUGAAUGCGACACACAGCUGAUCAGACUGAUUGAUCAUAUGACCAUGAGUUUUUCUCCUGACGUUGUCUCGCUGUCACUCCUGUCGGCCUGCCUUUCCUCCAUCCUGCCUGCCUGCCUGUCUCGUCUCGUUCUCCCACUCAGACAGAACAGACAGACGGACAGCUAGAUAGCUACGGCUCGUUCACGAUGGAGUGAUGUGGUUUGUCCGUGUGCGUUGCGUUGAUUGUCCGUGUCAUGUGUGGCUUCAUGCGAAGAAAGAGACGUGCAUGCGAAGAAAGAGACGGCGUGUCGCAUCUUGCCCGAACACGGUGUGACAGAACGGACGAGUGACUGACUGACACGUGCACACGACUCACGAGAGUUUUUGUGCGGCUGCCUCAGCCUGCCUGCUACCCAUACCCGUGGCCGCAACUAACUCUUCCUCACAAUCAUGCGCUGGCAGAUCGACCGCCCUCGCCUGUCUGCCUGCCUGCCUGCCUCUCUGACUGUGUGUCUGUGCCUGGUUUGUUGUCUGCCCUGUGUUGGCUUUAUGGAAGGUGAUGUGGUGUGGGGCUGCCGGUUGCGGUGGCCGUGUGUGUUGAUACAACCUUGAUACGUCUCGCCCGCAGACUGGGAGGGGCAUAGGGAGUGGGCAGAACCGUGGGGUCCGAUCCAUGCGCACUUGUUUUAUCCACAAUCCACAGACAGCUUCUUGGUUAUUUUUGCCUUCAGCGUUGGUGAUCUGUGGUCGUGCUUUACUAUCAGACGUAUCUCCCCCGCCACCGCCAUCCGAUGGGUAGGGUUCGCAUAUGGACCCCUGCUCAUUCGGUGACGACGGUGGGUGGCGUACUUCUGAUGGUGAGACACACCAUCGGUUCAGGACAACCAGGCAGGACAUUGGGGGCGCACUGGGAUGCGUUCACACGAGACUUGCUGCACAUUCAAGAAGAUCUGGCACGUGGCUGCGCAGAAUUCACACGAGGCUCUAGAACUGAGACAAGGUGGUGGUUCGUUUUUGUGGUUGUG